AACGAAUGGAGAAUGGCGGAAGAAAUGGUAAAGGAAAGAAAUUUGACUUUGGUAAAGAGGAGGAAGACCAUGAUGACUCUGAAAAUUGCUACCAGAGCAUAGACGAUUUAUUGAAAGAGCACAUUUUAAAGAGUGAAACAAAGAAUGGCCGCAAGGGUUCCUCUCCUAAUUACAAGAGACCUCGAUAUGAAAGUGACUCCUACACCACUCCACAGAAGGAUCAAUUUGUAAGAAAAGGAUUAUUUAGUGAUGAUAGC